CUCACCGGCCACAUUCUUGGGAAAAAAAGGGCAAAGGCUGCAGCCCUCAGCAAAUCACCAGCCCUGGGGAAACUGAGGCACAGGCCCCGCUCCUCCCUUUCUGCCCUGCCCCAUGCUGGACCAGCUCCCAGCUCUGGGGGAAACUGCAGCACAAAGAGCCGAACUUGACUCCAGGCCUGGGGAUGCCCCUAUUGUGUUGCCACUGUGUCCCCACAUCCUCUCCUGUUGCCACCCCAGACACAGCGGGGUGUGUGGGGUCACGGCUGUCUGUCACCUCCUGGGGCGUCUGGGAGCUCCUGUCAGCCCCUUGGAUGGCUGGGGCUGUGUGAUGCUGGCCUUAUCCCCCAUGUCCCCAGCCCCUGGGUGUCCCUGGGGACCACGGCUCGUCAGGAGCACAAGCACAGCAGAAACCCCUUUGGGUUCUGUUCCCCAGGGUGGGCGGCUCCGCAGGGCUCAGCGCGGUUGGCAAACAUGGCUCUGCCCCCAUCCCGUCCUCCAAAACCAGCCCCACGCCCCUGUGCACCAGGCGGGAGCGUGCGCGGGUCCCGGCGUGUCCCCCCGCGUCACCCCUCGGGUUCCUGCCGCCUCCCGGGGCACUUCUUUCCUGUCUCGUUCUCUUGUCCGCAGUCAUGAGAUGCCAGUGACGUGCACCCAAGUGAUGAAGAAAUUUCAGCCGGCCCAUGCGGUCACCGGCGCUAUUUUUGUCCCCGUUGGGUAUUGCACAGCCACCCGCUUUGCUCCAGUAAGGCAGCCACUGCCCAGCCCAGCAGGGACCCUGUGCGCCCCCUGGGAGGUGACAGUGACGUGCAGAGAGACCAGGGCCACCUCUGGCUGUGGGGAUCUGAGGGUGGGUGCGAUCUACCUGUGUGGUCCUGCUCACCUGGCCAGGGUGUCCGGGGGUCCUGCUGCAGCAUCACGCUUGCUGGAGGGUCCCUGGGGUCAGAGAGAGAGAGAUGGAGGCAUGGACGGAUGGAUGGACACAUGGAUAGAUGGAUGGGUGGAUGGAUGGAUGGACGGACAUGGACAAACGGAAGGAUGGAUAGGCGGAUGCAUGUAUGAGUAGAUGGAUGGAUGGAUGGACGAACAGACAGGUGGAUGGAUGGAUGGAUGGAUGGGUGGAUGGAUAAAUGGACAGACAGGUGGAUGUGCAUACAUACAAAUAAAGGAGUGGAUGAACGAUUGGUUCAUUGCAUGGAUGAUGGACAGACAGGUUGUUGGACAGCUGGACAGAAGUAUGGGUGGAUGGGCAGAUGGACGGAUGGACAGCUGGCUAACAGACUGCCUAGACAGACAGACAGAUGGACAAGCUGCUUCAGCCAAGCAGGCUGGGGAGAAGAGGGUGUUCUCCUGGCUCCUCCACCCCCUCAGGCACCGCCCUGCCCACCCUGAGCCCCCUGGCCCAGCCACGACCUCUGCUGGGGACACCCUGAGGAGGAGGAGGCGGCCGGGAAAGGAAGCAGCGCCAGCCCUGUGCCCAGCAGGGAAUCCUGGAGCUCAUGGGGCGGCUGGGGAGGGGAAAUUCUGGGAAAAGACAACAUUUCUUCUUGUGGAAGGGAGCCACAGCCACAUGGUUCCACCCCGAGCAGAGGUUGUGGCUGGGUUGUCAGCCCAUGCUGCUGCAAAACCCUCGGAACCUGCAAACUGAGUGCGGGGCGGCUUGUGAUGGGCACCAGCAUCACCCGGAUUGCGCUGUAUCUCAAAGAGCUGAUAAAAUACAUUCAUUUUUAUAGGAAGGAAAAAGCCCCUGUCAGUGCCAGGCUCCACCUGUGGGGAAAGGGGAGCUGGGGUGCACAGGGGUUGCAGCGGGUGCUGCUGGCUGUGCUGGGCGCUGUGCUGGGCGCUGUGCACGCCGGGCUGUGCCGUGGUGGCAUUGCACAAGGCUGCCACGGCAGCAGGGACAGCUGCCAGCACCGCUGCCCACAACGGCCUUCCGCUGCCCGGCCCUGCGCCCUUGGGCAACACCCGGGGCCCCACGCACGUCCCGGGGUGGCCUUUUGGCACCGGGCGGCUGUGAUUCCUCCCUGGGGUCACCCAUGGGUGCUGCCGGGAUGAACCAUGCCACUCUGUGUCCCCUGCUUAGUCAGCACCCCAAUUUGUCACCCAGAGGGGUGGUAUGAGGGGAUGGAUGGCCAGAGCAUCCUCGAGAGCAUCACCCAGUGCCACGGCGGGGUGUGGUACCCAGCCGUGCCGAGAUGCUCCGCACUUACCGAGUUUCCAUCUCCCUCCUUCCCAGGCUGGAUUUUCAGCUCUCAUGGCUGGACCUGGUGCAGGAAGCCUUUCAUGAUGUGACAUGGGUGUCCCCACACGGCCAACGUCCCCAAGUGCCAGCCCUGCUACCGCCACCAACCACCGUUACCUUCUUCUGCAUUUGGGUUUUGAGGCAGACAGGCUGUUUGCAGUUCAACCAGCCCAUUGGGUGCCGAGCAGCAAACCUGGAGUGACUCAGAGCCGCUCUGUCCCAAGAAACCAGGUUUUUGGGCUCUGGCACAACCAGACCCAAGCCAAGCAGUGGGACCAUGGGCUGGACCCACUGGGACUCCCUCGAGGAACUGAAUCGAAGAAUAAGCCCACGGGCAGUCCUGGCAUCAUUUCCUCCCGCCGGGGUGACUCACCCCGCUCAUUGGCCCCGGGGCCGUGGCUUCACUUCUCGCUGCCUUCCCGUUGGGUCCGGGUGCCUCCCGCGGAGGUGGGGGCAAAUGGGUGCACUUUAAAAGGCGAGCUUCCCCAUCAGGCCGGCAGUAAGGAAGUGGCUUGCGCGCCCGGCGGCCCCACGCCCAGACACCCCGUCCCGGCCAUGCGGUGUGGCGGGUGGCCCUUGGGCAUGCUGGCAGCUGUCACCAAAGGACUCUUGAUCCUCUGGGCAGUGCCUAGCCAGGGGGGACGGCCCCUGCCCCCCCCAACCCUGCAGCAGAUCCAGGCGCUGGUGAGACACAUGGCCGAGGAUGCGCAGGAGCUUUUCACCUUUUACGAGGAGAACCAGCACUUGGCCAUCCACCACCUCUGCCGCACCAACCGCCCUCCCGAGUGGCUGCGGGGACCCGUGCUGGGCCCCGGGGGGCUGCGGGAGCUGCGAGGGACCAUGGCCCGCAUGGCGCAGGCGCUGCAGGACAUCACCCGCCACCAGCGUGACCUCAACCCCCCUGGCGCUGAAAUCCUUCGCCGCUUGGCCAGCACCCACCUGAAGGUGCGGGGGCUCCUCAGCAACCUGGACGGGCUGUUCCCGGCCCCCAGCCCGGUCCCCGGCCACCGGCCGCCCGCCAGCCCCACGGCACCCACCAAGAUCUUCCGGCAGAAGCUGGCGGGGUGCCAGAUCCUCUGGAGCUACGCCCGCUUCAUGGCCAAGCUCAGCGCCCGGCUCGAGGCCCGGAGCCGCCGGGAGAAGCGGAGAUCCCACCGGGGCCCACGGCCACCCACACGCUCGUAGUGCAGCUCCGGUGUCACCAGAGCUGUCCCCAUCUCCAUCAUCUCCAUCUUCACCCCCAUCCCCAGAUGACAACUUGCCGGUGGGGACGCUCCUCAGGGACCCUCUGAGCUCCCAGGGGUGAGGACACGAGUGCGCUCGAAGCAUCAUCCAUCGCCUCGGCUUACCAUGGGGACCUGGCUGUCCCCGUGCCACCGCGCGGCUGCAGGACAGCCCUGCUCCUGGCAACUCUCCCUUGUCCUGCUCCACAUUUCGGCAGCGAUGGUGGGUGUCACACACUCGGGUUCACGCGGGUGUCCCCCGGGUGCCCAACGCUGCGGGAUGGAGCCGUCCCUUGUCACCGAGUCCUGAUGGAUUUUCCAGUGAUUCAGCGGGUCCGGUGACCCAGCCUGACUCAGCUGUGCUGCCGGCACCGGUGUGUGCCACCGGCACUGUCACCCCCUGCACCGCCCUGCCUGCACCUUCGGGGGUUUGUGCACCCCAGGAAGUGUCUGGGAGUAGAACCCUGUGAGCCUGGUGUCCCUGUAAAGCUGGUGUCCCUGUGAGCGUGGUGUCCCUGUGAGCGUGGUGUCCCCAUGAGCCUGGUGUCCCCAUGAGCCUGGUGUCCCUGUAAAGCUGGUGUCCCUGUGAGCGUGAUGUCCCUGUGAGCCUGGUGUCCCUGUAAAGCUGGUGUCCCUGUGAGCGUGGUGUCCCUGUGAGCCUGGUGUCCCUGUAAAGCUGGUGUCCCUGUGAGCCUGGUGUCCCUGUAAAGCUGGUGUCCCUGUGAGCGUGAUGUCCCUGUGAGCAUGGUGUCCCUGUAAAGCUGGUGUCCCUGUGAGCCUGGUGUCCCUGUAAAGCUGGUGUCCCUGUGAGCGUGGUGUCCCUGUGAGCUCAGCAUCCCUGUGAUCUCCAUGUCCAUGCACACUCAGUGUCCCUACAAGCUCCAUGUCCCUGUGCCCUUUGCUGUGCUUGUCCCUACACACUCGUCCCCAGGCCCUCAGCACCUCUGUGCCGUCUCUGUGCCAUCAGUGUCCCUGUGUGCUCAGUGUCCCUGUGCAGUGUGUCUGUGCUCACCCUCAUGUGUUGGGUGACCCCCUGCUCUUGGUGUCCCCAUGCUCCCAGCAUCCCUGUGUCCUCAGGGACCCCCAUGCUCUUCCAUCUGUGCUCAGUGUCCCUGUACCCUCGGUGUCCCUGUGUCCCCAAGCCUCUGAGGCUGUGUCGGGCAGGAGCUCGGCUCUGGCCACUGCGCUGUGACAGUGGGUGGCAGCACCCACCCCCUCCCCACUAAUUUAUACAUUAAUAUUUGAGUGGUUGUGAUAUUUAUUGAAUCUUGGGGUUAAUUUAAUACAUCCCUGCAGUGGGAGAAAAAAUAUUUAAGGACGUUUUUAAUAUAUAAAUAUCUAUUUUUGUGAUAACUUUUUUUGUAUUGUGUUAAACUAUGAAUGUAACGAGGUGUUAUUUAUAAAUAUCAAGAUUAUUUUGUACUGUGAGAAGGGCGGUGGCCACCCCGGGCUCGUGGCACCCCUGUAUUUUUGUAUAAUGGCAGGAGGAAAUAAAGAGCUGACUUUGGCCCA